AAACAUAUGCAUAUCUCUCUCUCUCCAGCCCACCAUUCUCCCCUCCCACCUUUUUCACAAUGACUGAUCCCCACUCAAAUCUCUAUGCUCAAUGGCUCUUCAAAUACAACCAUUUCCCCACCUCCAAUCCACCCCUCCACCACCACUCCUACCUCCACAACUACGCCGCCGCCAAUCACGAAACCCCUCCCCCCUCCCCUCCUCUCCUCGAGGCCCUCCCUCUCCUCUCCAGAUAUGAGGAGCAGCAGCAGCAGCAGCAAGAGCCCUCCUGCUCCGGCAUGGAUCUCGACAAGAUCACCAAUCCCAUCCCAAUCGACGAUGAUAAUGAUAAUGGUGUCACCGUCGCCCUUCACAUAGGCUUGCCAAACCCUAGCGCAGCUGAUCUCGCCUCCAUCUUGGUCUCCGCCGACAAGGACGAGGAGGAGGAGGAGGAGCCCUCCGCCACCGCCAUCACCAGGCUCAACAAGGGCCAGUAUUGGAUCCCCACUCCCUCGCAAAUUCUCAUUGGCCCAACCCAGUUUUCAUGCCCGGUUUGCUGCAAGACCUUCAACAGAUACAACAACAUGCAGAUGCACAUGUGGGGCCACGGGUCUCAGUACCGGCGGGGGCCGGAGUCGCUGCGGGGGACGCAGCCGACGGGGAUGCUGCGUCUGCCGUGCUACUGCUGCGCCCCCGGGUGCCGCAACAACAUCGACCACCCGAGGGCGAAGCCGCUCAAGGAUUUUCGGACCCUCCAAACGCACUACAAGAGGAAGCACGGGAUAAAGCCCUUCAUGUGCAGGAAAUGUGGAAAGGCCUUCGCCGUCAGAGGCGAUUGGCGCACUCACGAGAAGAACUGCGGCAAGCUCUGGUACUGCAUUUGCGGCUCUGAUUUCAAGCACAAGAGGUCCCUCAAGGACCACAUCAAGGCCUUCGGCAACGGCCACGGCGCCUACGGCCUCGACGGCUUCGAAGAAGAAGACGAUCCCGCCUCUGAGCUUGAGCAAGAUGAUGACUCUUAAAACAACCUCUAAUUUUUUCCUAGGGUUUUUUUUUUUUUUUUGGUUUUGGAUAUGUUUGGAACUCUAAUUUUUUAAGCUUAUGUAAUGAUGUAAAUCGUUGUUAUCUUUUUCAGCCAUGUUAUAAUCGCUAGCUAGCUAAUGUAUCUCAAAGAGAACCUUUGGAA